AUGCGAUCCCUCCUUUGGGCCCUGUUGGGUCUCAGCGUCGUGCCUCAGGUACUGGCCGGCGACACCCUGAGCACCGAUGGCUUUGACUUGUGCAUGACCGAUACCAGCAUCGAUAUCACCGAUUUGGAUAUCACCUAUACUGGCUCAACAAGAGAGAUGGUCUUCGACCUGGCUGGUACCAGCUCGCAGGAACAAAAUAUCACCGCCACAUUAACCGUCACGGCCUAUGGCAGUCAGAUCUACAGCGAUACUUUUGAUCCCUGCAAAGAUACUGUCCACGUGGCUGCCCUCUGUCCAGUCCCAUCCGGCGCCUUCUCCGCUAGUGGCACCAUCACCGUCCCCGCAAGCUAUGCAUCCGAAAUCCCCUCUCUCGCAUUCAAUAUGCCCGAUCUCGACGGCCAGGCCAAACUCGUCUUGACAUCGACUGCCGGAAGUGGAAACCUCGCAUGUGUUGAAUCUCAAUUAACUAAUGGAAAGUCAACAAGUGUCAAGGCCGUUUCAUGGGCCUCGGCUGGUAUGGCGGCCGGCGCGCUGGCCUUCAGUGGUGUCUCGGCUGUGAGUGCGGUUGGCGCACACCCGGGUGCAACUGGCUCCAGCCCCGGAUUUGGAGACGUGAUGGGCUGGUUCCAUUGCAUGGCUACUAACGGCAUGUUGAGUGUCUCGUACCCCACCGUCUACACGAGCUUCACCAAGAACUUUGCUUGGAGUACCGGUCUUGUCUCCUGGGAUGGUCUACAGGAUUCGAUCGACAACUUCAGGAAAGCCACAGGUGGCAAUCUUACAGACAACAGCUUGUCCUACCUGGGCAGCAUCUCCGAAACCAAUUCCUCGACCACGAAGCGGAGCUUAGAUAUGAUGCGCCGCUCGGUGAAAUUGGCGGCUCGAUCGGACUCCAACAGCACCAGCUCUGACAGCAUAGACAGAAUCAAGGCCCUUGCUGAGGAGCUCAUGAUUCCUUCGGCUAACAUCUUUAUGACCGUGCUCUUGAUCUUUGCAAUUGUGGUUGGCGUCGUCAUUGUUGGAAUUCUACUCCUCAAAGUCAUCCUGGAGUUAUGGGCCCUUUACGGCAACUUCCCCAACAAGCUCAUCAACUUCCGAAGAGACUAUUGGGGAAUCAUGGCCCGGACAAUCACCAACAUGAUUCUCAUCCUGUACAGCGUCUGGGUGAUGUACUGCGUCUAUCAGCUCAAAAAUGGUGACUCUUGGGCAGCCAAGCUAAUUGCCGCCUUAACCUUGGUGGUUUUCACAGCCGUCCUCGGCUUUUUUGCCGUCCGCAUUUUCUUGAAGGCCCGCAAAUAUAAGAAGUCAGAGGGAGAUACCGCUGGUCUAUACGACGAUAAGGAUACUUGGCGCAAGUACAGUCUUUUCUACGACAACCUCAAGAAGGACUUCUGGUGGCUCUUUGUGCCCGUCAUUGUUUACGCUUUGGUCAAGGGCUGCAUCAUCGCUGGUGGACAGGGCCAUGGCCUCUUCCAAAGUGCCGGUCAAUUGGUUUGUGAGGUUCUACUGCUUGGUCUCGUGUUAUGGAGCCGCCCCUACGCCCGCAAAUCAACCACGGGAAUCAACAUCACAAUUCAAAUCGUGCGAGUCUUGUCAGUUGCUUGUGUCUUGGUCUUUGUUGAUGAGCUGGGACUCUCUCAGACCACCAAGACCGUGACUGGCAUUGUCCUCAUCGUAAUCCAAUCACUCUUGACCGGCCUUCUUGCCAUCCUAAUUGUCGUCAACGCCGUCAUUGCCAUGUUCCGCCAGAACGUCCACGAAAAGCGCAGACAAGAAGCCGAGAAGGCAAACCGCGACCUCGAUGACCUCACUCCCCUGGACGCCCGUGAUUCGCUUCUGAUCGAUCACCCCCAACAGCGAGACUUCUCCGAGGUCAGCAAGUUCAACUUCAAUCGUCCCUACGAGACCUACCGCGACGUCCCAUUGUCACGAUCCGACUCCGCUGGCAGCAAAGAACGCCUCAUGUAUGCCGAUUACGGCGUCGCACACACCCGCAGCACCAGCCAAGAAUCCAGGCAUGAUCGUCGAAGCCCAUCUCCUGAGGGGCAUCAUCCGACCACCGCCGGCUACGGCAUGGCAUUGUAG